AUGAAGCCGAUAGCAAUAUUCCUCCUCCUUCUGAUAACAUGCCUUCUCGCGUCAGCACAGGAAACAUGCUUCAAAGGCUGCACACGGGACUCGGGCAUCAACGAGUGCCCCGGCAGCACCCCGCACGACGAUGAGGCCUGGAAUGCGCUCGACACCUCCGUACACACUUGCUACUGCGACGCAGCGAUAUUAUUUUCCGUCUGCAGCCCGGGCUGUAGCACGCUCGGGUUCAGCGCAGAUGCGUUUGGGAGAUCGCUCGGACAGUGGAGAUACAUUGACGGCGUGUGCAACAGCACCGUGGCCUCCUUCACGGCGACGGCAGUCAUCAGCACAAACACCGAAUUCAACCUCGCCUACACCGUACCAUACAGCGGCAACCUCACCGCCGCCACCGCAACCCCCACCGCAUCCAGGAACAGCAGCAGCAGCAGCAGCGCACCCAUCACCACCACCCUCACCACCCAGACAUCCACCCUCACCCCGCUCCCCGACUCCUCCAAUCAAUCCCCCAACUCCGACUCUUCCCCAAGCACCCGCACAAUCGCCCUGGCCGUCAGUCUCUCCAUCGUCGGCGCCAUCACCAUCUCCGUGGCGCUGUGGCUCCUCUUCCGCCGCCGCCGCCGCAUCCAGCUCACGCAGAACAUCUACGAGACGCGCAACGCCAUGGUGAUUGUCGUCGGCCCCGACGGGCUGCCCAUGAGCCCCGACGCGCCAGAGUAUCCGCCCGAGAUGCGCGACCCCAAUAACGAGAACGUGAAGCGGUGGAUUGCGGAGCAGCAGGAGAGGGAGCCGGAUCUGUCGGUGGGGUAUACGCUGUGGACGGACACGGAGCUGGCGCUGACGGACGCGGGGGAUAUGGAUCGGGAGAGGGAUCGAGAGAGGGAUAGGGAGCGGGAGAUGGAGAUGAUUGCGGAGAUGGAUGAUGGCGAUGGGAGCAGGAGGGGGGGUCGGGCCUGA